GUAGAGAGUUCUUCCUGCAGGAACUGUCUCUAAAUGGCCUUGAGGAACCACAGCACAGUCACCAAGUUUAUUCUCAUGGGGCUGUCUGCCAACCCCCACAUCGAGGCCCUGCUCUUCGUGCUCUUCCUGGUGAUUUACCUCCUGACCCUGAUGGGGAACCUGAUGCUGCUGCUGCUGAUCAGAGCUGAUUCCCACCUCCACACCCCCAUGUACUUCUUCCUGAGUAAUCUAUCAUUCCUGGACCUCUGCUUCUCCUCUGUCACGGUGCCCAAGCUGCUGGUGGACCUCCUGUCUGAAAAGAAAACCAUCUCUGUAGAGGGCUGCCUGGCCCAGGUCUUCUUUGUGUUCUUCACUGCAGGGACUGAAGCAUUUCUGCUCUCAGUGAUGGCCUAUGACCGCUAUGCUGCCAUCUGCCACCCACUGCUCUAUGCACAGGUGAUGAGCCACCAGCUCUGUGUGAGGCUGGUGUUGGCCUCGUGGGGCCUGGCCGGUCUCAAUUCAGUUGCCGCUGUGCUCCUGGCUGUCAAUCUAGACUUCUGUGAGGACCAAAUCAUACACCACUACAUCUGUGAGCUGCCCUCUCUCCUCCCUCUGUCUUGCUCUGAUAUCUCCAUCGAUAUCUAUAUCCUGAUCUGCUCCUCCUUACUGCAUGGGCUUGGAACAUCCCUCCCCAUAUUCUUCUCUUAUGCCCGCAUUAUCUCCUUGAUCCUGACCAUCAGUUCUACAACAGGCAGAAGCAAGGCCUUCAACACCUGCUCCUCCCACCUCAUUGCAGUGAUCCUGUUCUUUGGCUCUGGUUUCUCUCGCUAUCUCACACCCACUUCUGGUUCCUCCUUGGAUUUGCUUUUCUCCUUGCAAUACAGUGUGGUCACACCCAUGGUAAAUCCCCUCAUCUACAGCCUAAAGAAUAAGGAAGUGAAAGCAGCUGUGAAAAGGACAUUGGAGAAAUAUCUUUAA